GAAGGAGGAGGAGGAGGAGGAGCUGUCAGUCAGUCGCACGAGAACCCCAGUGGCGAGAAGACUUAAUUAACCCACCUGAGUGUUACCUGCGACAACACUACGAGUAAUAAUAACAAAACAAGGUCGCGAGGGCCAAUAAUGAGUGAGUGUUGAGGUUCCUGAAGCACAUGAUGGAGGCCUACUUAGCGGGGGUGUUCGUGUUCCUUCUCCUCCUGCCCACGGGGGGAGAAGCCACAGGGGCAGGCCGAGGGGGAUGGACCUACAAGAACCUUCCACUGACUGAGGCUGGGUGCGUGGUGGUGGACGAGCUGUGCCUGAUCCCAGAGGAGGUGCCCAACUACGAGGCCAUCAAGAGCCUGCACUCCCAGCUGGACGACGACCACAGCGGCGACAUUGACUUGGCGGAGUCCGUUGACUUCCUGAAGGAGGAGCUACAGUAUGCCAAAGGCUACGAGAAGAGGCAAAAGUCAUUCCACUACAACAAUGACCAAUACAUAUCAGUGCGGGAGCUGUGGUACAUCUGGAAGAAAUCUGAGGUUCACAAUUGGACAGUGGACCAGACAGUGGCCUGGCUGGCAGAAUCUGUGGAACUCAAACAAUAUGCUCAGAACUUCUAUGAGAAUGCUGUUAAUGGCUCCAGUUUACCCAGUACAGUUCUCAGCGUGAUAGCUCCCACAGCCAAAAGAAGAAAUCUAAGACUCGCUGCCAACAAUGAGCAGUUCUUAACCAAAGUUCUUGGCAUCAAAGACCCGAAGCACCGAUCAAAGAUUACCAUCAAAGCCAUGGAUGUGGUUCUCUUUGGCCCUCCCAAAGAAACAGGGAGCCACCUCAAAGACCUGGUGCUGGUGUCCCUGCUCACCCUGGCCCUCAUCGGCUGCUUCAAGGCCUACCAGCGCAACAGAGAGUACGAGGGUCAGCUGAGUGAAAUGCUGAAAGACAUGGAAAAGCUGCGUGAGGCUGAGGAGAACCUUCAUCAGCUGGAGGUUAUCAUGACAACAAAAGUAAACAACAAGGAAGGGAACAACGAUAAUAUAGAGCAGAAUCAUGCGGAUGAGGUGCAGCAGUUGAAGCUUCAGCUGGAGGAAGAACGAGAAAAGAAUGAAAUGAUGAUGGAACAAAUGAAGAGAGGACUUGAGGAGGCUGAUCACGAGGAGCAUCCUUGGAGGGCACCACUAGACCUUCAACACUGGCUUCAGCUAACCUAUGAGAGGGAGAGAAUCGCCUCAGUCAAGAAGCAGUCAGCAGCCCGGGAGCAGUUUGACCAGGCCAGAGAAAUGUGUGAGAAGCUGAACCGCCAGCGCCGCAGCCUGAUGGGCAUCAUGGCCUCAGUACAUGGCAAGAUGGACAAUGUGGAUCAGGCCAUCAGCCAGGCCAGAACCACCAUGGAGGAGGUGACACGAGAGCUGAGGGAGAGGGAGCACCGCUGGAAGAACAUUGAGAUGCUGGCUGGCUGCAGCAUCACCACCAACAACCCCGGCCUCCACGCCCUGGAGCUGAUGCUGUGUCCACCAGUGAAUGGACCACCCCACUCCACCUACGGGUCGAGUAUAGUUCACCAAUUACUAAGUAGCCAGUCAGCAUUAAUGUUUCUCACCAUGGGGGGAUGCACAGGAGCAACCAGUUACUAUGCAGGGAGCAGCUUGAGCUCCUCAGGAAUAGUCAGAUCUCCUGCGGAGUCACUGGUUGAGGUCCCAGGAAGCUCUGGGGCCAUUACAAGAAAAAGGAGUCAGCUCAUUCCUCGGGACUCUGGCUCAUCCCUUGGUUCAGAGUCAUCAGUCACCCAGUCCUGUGUGAUGCACCACAGCCACACGUACUCAGCAGGCCUAAUGCAUCAUGCACGGGAGAGGGAGAGCAUGCGCCGUGUGUCCAGCACAGGCAGUAUUGGCUGCAUAUCUCCAGGAGACCAUGAGAAUGGCAAGGACCUCCAUGACUCCUCAGCGGAAGAGACUGAGUCUGCGUGUACUGUGGAUGGCAGCAGCUUUAGCAUGGGGGGAAGCAUAAGGAACAAGGGACCUAAAAUAAGUCGGCUGACUUUGAACUCGGAAGGUGGAAGAGCAGUUUCUCCUACUCAGGUGAGUCUCUCCACCUCUCCUCUACCCUCCAUGCACCAACAUGGGUCAGUUGAGGGUGGAAAAGAACAGAAACCCUCUCCUAGGCGCAGUCCUAUGCUCAAGUCAUACAGUCAGGACACUACAGGCCCCAAGACAGAGGCAAAAUUAAAGGAAAAGGAAAAGAUAUCCGCGAGUGAGCCAGCGCUAGACUGCCCCAAGCCACAGGUACUGCUGAACAAGAAGGUAACACCACCGCCAAUGGAAGAGGGUACCUCCUCAGACUCAUCAGAUGGUCGUAAGAAGAGUACUAGCAAGGGUAGGAGCUUUCUUGGAAGUUUAAAGCUAAAGAGUAAAAAGCAAAAAGGUUUAGAAAAAGACUCCUCAAAAAAGAAUGCAGGUUAAAGCAUUAAAUGAAUGUGAACCUAGCCACUACAUAUUUGUGAUAGUUCCCAUGAUCUUGGUAGUGGGAAUUACUUCCAUUGUCAUAUUAGUGCACAAUUUUAUUUAUUUUAGUCUUUAUAUUUAUGGAAAAGUAUUAAAAAAUUAACAAAAUCACAAUGAGAACCAUUUGUGUCAGCUUACAGUACUCAGGGCUGAAGUGUAACCAGUCGGCAGAGGGAUGAGAUGAGGGAGUCUAUUACAGGAACCUUCAGUGGCCUUCCAUUCCUCCCUUCAUUCACUCAUUCACUUGCUAAUGCUCUAAUGUGCAUGUUCCCCAACUCAGUUAUCAGCAUUGAUGCGAGGCAUGUCAUAGGACAAGACACAUGAAACUAUUUAUAUUUGUUAUUGUUGAUGUGUUAGCCAGGAUUCCUUGACCGGAAACUGGUGAUGAUGUGCCCAGCUGUGUUGGGAGAAUGUACAAGCUUCAGUCACUCCGUCACAGUUCUACAGCCUGGACUUUGAACUUGUGACUCCAGUAUGCCAUUCAAGGGAGCCCUGUGGCUUUCAGCAGGUUGACCAGGGUGUUAGGGUGAAGUGAUAGGGGAUUAGAAAAUCUUCAAGGGGAUUUGUUGCAAUAGCUGCCAUCAUAUCUGCCAACUUUAAUAUUUUGUUCAUAUAGUGUUGGCUAGAAGGUGCAUAGGUGUCGGUCGAGACAUUUACCAUCAUAGGCUCUUUGGGAAGUUUCCAAAAAGCAGUAUGGAUGACAUUUUUUGCAGUAAAGCAAAAGUUAUACCACAAUGAUGAAUGUUGAAGAGCAAUAAAUUGUGAUAUAUGAAAAGUAUGUAAAGGAAAUAUUGUUCUGUAACUCACUGAUCACACCUCACAUGCCUGUAUCUCAUUCAUAUGCUUGUGUUUUCCCGUGUAUGUAUUAUACUAUUGAUGAGGCAAAGCAUUUAUUUUACUUAAAUAUCACUUAAAGACCUUCAGGCUGGAGA